UGCAAACUAAUAUUUGCAUCAUACACACUCACUCACACACACACUUUAUGUGCCUGUGUGUCUCUUGUGCCUGGAUACAUCAUCCUCGCCUGGAAAAUGAGCAUCUCUUCUGUGCUUCUUUCCCUUGCUUCCUCCCCUCCGGGGCGGCCUCACCUUGUGGUGCAUAGUGUUUCCAAGCAGUCGCGGCUCGAACACGGGGAAUGAACAGCUUGAAUUCAAUAGAGUUGCGUCGGACAGCACGCUAUGUUCUUUCCUGCUGCUUGGUGAACAUGCCCUGCACCUCCUUGCCACUGCUCACCUGGCGCUACGGAGGCAUAUCCGUGUGUCAUGCCCUGAACCACUGCACCACGGCCGAAUAUCAUCCUACUCCGUUCUUUUGUUAUUUGCCUGGGAUGUCAUGCUGGUAAGAGGCAAAAUGGGCAUACAAGAGUGGAUUUCAAUCUGUCUUGUGUUCUUCUUCUUCUUCCUCUCUCCAGGGACCUUCUCUGGGCCCACGUUGAACAAGGCAUUUGCUUCCGAGAAUGAGCUGGACACUACACCCCUGCAUUCGAGCCAGCAACCAGAGCCUGGUCUGCCGUCGGACUACGAAUGGAAACAUACUCUCAGACUGCCCCAUGCGUAUCUCGAUUCAAUGUCAGAUAACAUGCAAAUCGACGAAAUAGACGACCAUUUGUAUGGGCGCCCAGAUAUAUUCUCCUUACUCCCUAGCCAAGAGGAGACUCGAGAGGCUGUAGAGUCUUCAGAAAUUGGUACCGCAGGGGGAGCAUCGCUACAAGCUAUGAAUAUACCCCAAUACGCAAACUGGACCGGCCAGUCAUGGUUUCUGAGAUUUCGCGGUUAUAUCUUCACUCAGCCUGUUGUUUCUAACAAGACGAUCGAAAGAUUCACAAGCCGAGUUCUAGGGUUUCCAGCAUGGACUUUAAAAGAGGAUCAAUACCUGCAUGCGAUGCAGAUGGCUCGUGGAAUGUUCGUUUUGUUACAACCUGGGAUACAGCUGUCUUGGCGUCUCAUACCUGGCGAUGAUCCACAGCGCACAGGAGGCGAAAGUAGUCGGAUUUGGCCGCCACUUGCCAAUGUAGUCAUUGCACCAAAUCUAACAGAUUUUGUGGGCGAUUACGACUUUUUUGCCGAUAUCGGCGGAUUGCUGGAGGACGACAUCCAACCGGGAGGCUCAUCAGAUGAGAUUCAGCCCAUCUCGUUCCGUAGUAACGCCACAACGAAUGCUGGAAUCCCAUUAUCCUUUCUAGUUCCCCCUUCAGGUUAUACUAUCGUCAGCGAUAUCGAUGACGUGCUCCGUGUCUCUACCAUCUACCACCCCACCGAAGGAUUCAGGAAUUUACUAACGCGACCAUUUUACCCCUGGAUGAACAUGCCCGACAUAUUCGCGAACUGGUCGCACUCUUUACCUGACACACAUUUCCAUUAUCUAACGACUGCGCCAGACCAAAUGGCCCAAAGAUACAUGGAUUUUAUUUUCAAUGUAUAUCCACAUGGAAGCUUUGACAUGCGGGCAGUGAAUUUCAGGCGCUUUCGGUCUAGCUGGUCAGUUCGAAGUGGACUGCUUGAGAGAGUACUCCAGACUUAUCCAGAACGCAAAUUCAUUCUCAUCGGAGACAAUAGCAACCAUGACAUAAUGAAGAACUACCCGCUUCUAUCACUCAAAUACCCAGGCCAAAUCCAGUGCAUAUUUAUACGGAACGUAUCAGCCACUGAUCGAACUUUCCGAUGGCCAUACACUACGAAAUUCUUCCAACCGCUAAACAGAGAUAGUUACAUGAUAUUUCGUUACCCGGACGACCUGGCAAAUCUAGAUAUCGAGAGCGGCCACUGCAAUAACGAAUCGGUCCCGCAGCAUCUUACCUACGGAUGGCAAGGUCUCCCGUGGCGAUCGUGA